CCGUCCUGCCGCUUGGCCGCGGGGCGCCUGGCUCAGCGGCUUCUGCGGGCUACGAGGGGCGGUAUGUUGCGGGCUGGUUGGCUCCGGGGCGCCGCGCUGCUGGCGCUGCUGCUGGCUGCCCGAGUGGUGGCGGCGUUCGAGCCCAUCACCGUGGGCCUCGCCAUCGGGGCCGCGUCGGCCAUCACCGGCUACCUGUCCUACAAUGGCAUCUACUGCCGCUUCGCCGAGUGUUGCCGCGAGGAGCGGCCGCUCAACGCUUCGGCUCUCAAGCUGGAUUUGGAGGAGAAGCUGUUUGGACAGCAUCUGGCCACGGAAGUGAUUCUCAAGGCGCUGACUGGCUUCAGGAACAACAAAAAUCCCAAGAAACCUUUGACCCUUUCCUUACACGGCUGGGCUGGCACAGGCAAGAAUUUUAUCAGUCAAAUUGUGGCUGAAAAUCUUCACCCAAAAGGCCUGAAGAGUAACUUUGUCCACCUGUUUGUAUCGACUCUGCACUUCCCUCAUGAACAGAAGAUAAAACUGUACCAGGACCAGUUACAGAAGUGGAUCCGCGGUAAUGUGAGUGCAUGUGCGAACUCUGUUUUCAUAUUUGACGAGAUGGAUAAAUUGCACCCCGGGAUCAUUGACGCAAUCAAGCCGUUUCUAGACUACUACGAGCAGGUUGACGGAGUGUCUUACCGCAAAGCCAUCUUCAUCUUUCUCAGCAAUGCAGGCGGGGACCUUAUAACUAAGACAGCUCUUGACUUUUGGCGGGCCGGAAGAAAGAGGGAAGACAUUCAGCUGAAGGACCUGGAACCUGUACUGUCUGUUGGAGUCUUCAAUAAUAAACACAGUGGCCUGUGGCACAGUGGACUGAUCGACAAAAACCUCAUUGAUUACUUUAUCCCCUUCCUGCCUUUGGAGUACAGACAUGUGAAAAUGUGUGUGAGGGCCGAGAUGAGGGCCCGUGGUUCUGCUAUAGAUGAAGACAUUGUCACAAGAGUGGCAGAGGAAAUGACGUUUUUCCCCAAAGACGAGAAAAUCUACUCAGACAAGGGCUGCAAGACUGUGCAGUCGCGGCUUGAUUUCCACUGAGCUCCUAUCUGGAUGGUAGGAGGCAGCUGGGAGGCUCCACACACCAGAGGCCUUGCCUUUCAGAAGAACCCUGAAGACCGCUUUGCGGUUUUGCCUGUUUGCACCUUAGAGUUUGGGGAUAUAGAAUCUUUUUUUUGAGACAGGGUCUCGCUCUGUCAUCCAAGCUGGAGUGCAGUGGUGCAAUCCUCAACUCACUGCAACCUCCACUCCCAGUUUGAGUGAUUCUCAUGCCUCAGCCUCCUGAGUAGCUGGGAUUACAGGCAUGAGCCACUGUGCCCGGCUGGGAUAUAGAAUCUAAGAGGUGAUUUUGGAAAACACGUGAAUCUAUUGCGUGCAUUUGUCAUUUUGCAAGAUGACAGCCGUCCAGCUCUUCUUUGCGGCUGAAGAUGAAC